AUGGGCUCCAUUCGUGAUUUACUCAAUCCACUCCCGGAGGUGACCCCAGGCCAUCGAGGCUUUAUGAUGCCGCGAUCACGACAUGCCACGGGGAGCCCGCCAGCUCCAGAGCGUCCAAAACGAUCAAAGACGGUCAAGGAUGGUGCCGUGUUUCGCCCUGGGCCUAUUCAAGGGGAGCUUCGCUAUCCUCCUCACGAAGAACGGACCCCGCUUCUAGAAGAGGAGCACCGCAAGGCUGAUCUAAAGCCCUUUGGCAACAUUGCCGACUUUCCUCGUCACAUCCCCUAUCAAAGCGACAAGAAGACCUUUCAUGAGAGAACUGGACGAGAUAGCUUUCAUCUGUUCCAGUAUACUUUCCAGAGAAAGGAUGCGGAUCCCGAGCCGUGGACCAUAACGUGGGACUACAACAUCGGACUGGUUCGCACUACCCAUCUGUUCAAGUGCCUUGGCUACUCAAAGACCACCCCCGGCAAGGUGCUGAACAACAACAACGGCCUACGCGAGAUCAGCCACAGUAUCACCGGAGGAGCACUUGCAGCUCAAGGCUACUGGAUGCCCUUCGAAACCGCCAAAGCCCUCGCCACCACAUUCUGCUGGGAAAUCCGCUUCCUGCUCACCCCCUCUUCGGCCUCGAUUUCCCAGAAAUGUGCAUCCCCCCAACCGACCGAGUCAGAUUUGGUCGAAUGCUACGAUGAGAUGUCAACAACCUCUUUCAAUUCCCGGGUCCCAAGGAAGAUGGUAGACUAUCCCUCGCAAGACUCCAGCCGAGGACCCCAUAUGCAGACCAAGCUCGCCCGACGCAGCUAUGCUGAUAGCAUCAGCAGUGCGCGGGGCUCGUCCUCCGAGCCAUACUGUGGUUCACCUCAAAGUCCGUCGUACAGAGGCUUCACCCCUGUCAACAGACCUCCCAGUUCACACCCGGUCACCCGCACACCCUACGAUUUUCUCCAGGAAGCCACCGAGCGCAGAAAGAGAGUCAUGAGGGCCGCUGGCGAGGAAAGUGACUCGGAAACAGAAUUCUCUACAACCUCACGCUCAGAUGUGCACGCCAAGCCAAUCUUUCCAACGCCUUAUGGAAGCGAGCGUGUCUCUGCUGAUGGGGACUCAGAGAUGGAUGAUUCGGAAAUGACGUUCUCGGAUGAUGAGUCUAUGUUGGAAGAUGACGCCGACGAGGAAUAUCGAGAGCCAGGUCCUGGUCGGCUCUCGAGCAGUGAUACCCGUGGAAAGGGAAAGGCCAGUCUGAAGAGGAACCCCUCGCGCUCUGUCAAGGAGAAGAAUGGUGAGAAAGAUUCUCGUUCUGCCCAUUUUGCGAAGGAGGUCAAGGCUGCUCAUGCCUUGCUUCAUUUGCAUAUGCAACGGGCUUCGUCUAAGGAUGUGGAUGGUGAUGAGAUGGAGGAGACUAUGUUUGGUCCUCUGUUGGGACGGAUGGAAUCUGGAGGCAAGAAGAGACGUCGUGCUUCCCUGUGA